AAACGUCACGAUGAAAGAUAGGCUUAGCUAUAUGUAUUUUUGACUUAAGGGUUUCUUUAAGGCCUCAUAUAUGCACUGUUAUACACAUAUUGAGGCAACCUCUGAGAAGUAUGAAAGUGGAACUGAUUCGAGGAUGUUGGUUGGCUACAGCAGCAGCUCGGAGGAGGAAAGCGAGUCGUCGGCGGCAGCAGCGACUGAUCGAAACAAAAGUUCUUCUCGAAAGUGUCAAGAGGAAGAUGAUGCUAACAAUGGCAGCCCAGCGAGAAAGAAACACAAAAUUGAGGAACAGGUUCCUAAAACGAGGCUGCCUCUUCCUGGUUGCCUGUUGGCCAUGUUUCCAGAUGAAGUGGGCUCACAGACUGAAGACAGCUCUCUUCAUGGUGGACGCGUGCGCUCUUUUAAACAUGAGAGAGGCAACUGGGCUACCUAUGUUUAUUUGCCAUACCAUCCUGAGGAGGAGUUCAGGGAGUUGUUGGAGGAGCUGCUCUCACUAGCCGGGGACCAUGGUGUGGUUUUGACCCCGCAGGAGGAGUUCCACCUCAGCUUGUCUAAGACGGUGGUGCUCAGACACCACUGGAUCCAAACCUUCACCCAGAGCCUCAGGGCAGGCCUGGUGCACUGCAAGAGGUUUGUGUGCUCAGCAGGGAGACUGAGGGUCUAUUGUAACGCUGAGAGGACGAGGACGUUUCUGGGGAUGGAAGUGUGUACUGGGCAUGCUCAGUUGUUGGACCUGAGCCAAGUACUGGACAGAACAAUGACAGAGUUUCACCUGGACACUUUCUAUAAGGAUCCAUCUUUCCACGUAAGUCUGGCCUGGUGUGUUGGAGACUUGACAGGACAGAUGAAGGAGUGCAUUCAGGAGAUGCAGAGACUGAUUGAUGACCACGAAGAAGGACCAUUUCUGCUGAGGCUGGACUGCGUGGAGCUGCGCUGCAGGACGGGAAACAAGACCUUUCGCUUCCCUCUGGAGCCCUAAAAUUGGACAUAUGUAUACCCUGACCAUUCGUCCUUUACAGCUGUGAUCCUCUGAGUCACAUAAAUGAGCUGGAAACGUACCAAUUUAGUGGUGCAAAGAUUAUAUGUUGUAUUCCAUUAAUAACGGCUGACAGAUAUGUGGCAUGUCACAACAAAGAUAGUCUAUAUCCACGACGUUCCACUUCCGGGAUUGCUCCGGUCCCGCAGAAAAUUCCGCAGGAUGCAUGUCUUUUCGUCCGAUGUCCGCUUCCUUCCAUCGGAAUUCUAAACUCCGGUGGAUUUAUGAGGACUAUGGCUCCUCAGAUCUCUGCAGGGUAAAUCCAGACAGCUAGCUAGACUAUCUGUCCAAUCUUGAGUUUUCUGUAGCACGACUAAAACAACUUUUGAACGUACACAUGUUCCACGGCACCGUGGCUGCAUAUGGAGCUUAGCACCGCCGAAGACGAUUGUGAUUGGUUUAAAGAAAUACUAAUAAACCAGAGCACCUUUUUCUACCAUCCCGGAAGCGAUAUUAACGAAUCCCACUAUGGCCACUCCAAGACCCGCCCUUCAAUAGCGUUCACAGACUACUAUUGGCCAGGCGUCCAUGCUUACAUGUACAGGUCCUAUCCCCUGACCAAUCCCCU